AAGAUCAAACUCAAUUAGAAAGAUUUUUAAAAAUAGUACCUGGAGGAGGAAGAAAGUCAGUUUAUAACUCGAAACUAACUCAUCUUAAAAUAACACACUACCGUUUACUUUCAAAUAAAAAAAUCAAAGGUAUUAUACACACAUUCCUAAAUAUAAUCCACUUAGACUUUGAAAAAAGCAUAGAUCCUACAGGUUUAUCUGCAAUCGCAAAUUCAUGUUACAAACUAGAAUAUCUAAAUAUUUCUAAUCAUACAGAGUUUUCUGAAAUAUUAAUUUGUAAUGUUAUUCGCUUUUGCCCAAGGCUCCAACAACUUGACCUUACCUCUUGUAGGAUUACUGAUCUAACUAUUGAAGAAAUUGCUAAAUCAUGUCAUAAUUUAAAAUAUCUUAAUUUGAUGAGGUGUUAUAAAAUUAGCAAAGGAGCUGUAAAUAAGCUAAAUCCAAAUAUUUACAUAGAGAAUUUUGAGGAACUUUUAAUACGUCUUGAUUUCAUUGGAAAGGUUAUAAAUCAUCUUACACAGAAUAACAUUGCUAGUAGACAGACUCUAGUUUAG